CGAUCACCGAAACAAACCGUUCUCUUCCAAACCCUAACCCUAACCAACCAGAAAGGGCAAGCUACUUCAAAUCGAUCAACUUCAAAUUUCGAACCAGAAACCGAAUUACUCUCACAAUCAUGUUGAUUUAGCUCUGUGAAUUAUCCAGAGAUGGCAAUAUCGAACGCGAACCAUCAGCUUGCUCUGGUAGUAUCCUCGAACACAACCACGUCGUAUGAGGGGCUGUUGGAAUCUCAGAAAGAACUAUUAAGCAAACAGAUCUAUGAGCUACAAAACAUCGUUUCGAAGCAAUGCAAACUCACCGGCGUCAAUCCUCUUUCUCAAGAAAUGGUGCGUACGGACUCCAGUUUUGUUUUUUUUUAUAUGAUGGAGCUGUAAUUCGUUCUAAUUUUGGCUGUUGCAUCUGUUCAUACAUAAUACACGGCUCAAAAGCGGUAAAUUAGGCGUCACUGGCUAAGAAAUAUUUUAUUGAGAUUUGAAUUAUAAAUAUUUUCUAUUUUCGGAGUUCUUCCUUAUUUAUGUUUUCAGAUGUCAACUGAAGGGCACUGUUAGAUAUGAAAUUGGAGAGAGAAGGUAAUGUGUAAUUGAAUUAUAGGAGGAAACUUAAAUUGAUGCCUCCAUAGCACAGGACGGGGUGGUGGUAAUCUUUGACAUGCUGUUCGAUUUGAGAAGAAGGUUGCAAGUGAUCCAAAUUGACCAAAUAGAUAUAUCUUUUUGUUACAGGCAGCAGGUGCUCUUUCUAUUAAAAUCGGGAAAAGACCCAGAGAUCUACUGAAUCCAAAAGCAAUAAAAUACAUGCAAUCAAUUUUUUCUGUCAAAGACGAAAUCAGCAAGAAGGAAAUUAGGGCAAUUAGUGCUCUUUUUGGUUUGACAGCCACACAGGUGAGGGACUUCUUUACUGGUCAACGCUCAAGAAUUCGGAGAUUUAUCCGAUUGUCGAGAGAGAAGGCAAUCCAAUCUGCUGAAGAUGUUCAAGAGCAAGAUGGGUCAUUGAGCUCUAAUCUGGAUGCCCAGAACCACCCAGUUCCCUUGAACUCUAUGGGUCCCCCCAGUAUUGAAGCACCUUCUUGUUCCACACAAGAUGAGGUGUUGCCUGACACAGAUGACUCGGAUAAGUAUUUUAUUGAUAAUAUUUUUAGUCUGUUGCGGAAAGAAGAAACAUUUUCUGGACAAGUCAAAUUGAUGGAAUGGAUCUUGCAGAUAAAGAAUGCUUCAGUGCUCUAUUGGUUUCUAACAAAUGGAGGUGUGAUGAUUUUAGCCACGUGGCUGAGUCAAGCAGCCAUCGAAGAGCAAACAACUGUUCUUCACACCAUUCUUAGGGUACUCUGUCACCUGCCAUUACAUAAAUCUCUCCCAGCGCACAUGUCAGCUAUAUUGCAAAGUGUCAACAAACUUCGUUUUUACCGGGGUCCAGAUAUCUCAAACAGGGCAAAAAGUCUGUUGUCUAGAUGGAGCAAAAUGUUUGCAAGAAGCCAAGCUAUGAGAAGGCCCAAUGCCAACAUUUCUCCGGUUGAUGCACAGAAUGAGAUGCUGCUGAAGCAAAGCAUUGGUGAAAUUAUGGAAAAUGAAUCGUUGGAGGCGAGAAUUGACAAUUCUGGAGCACCAUACUUAUUGCAAGAGAACUCGGAGAACUCCAGAAAUUUGGGGUCUUCACAGUCGAUCAAAUUGCUCACAGCACCUUCUGAUGAGUCUAAUAUAAAGCUUCUUAGAGGUGUAUCUCAUACCAGAGAGCGAAGAAAAGUACAGCUUGUGGAGCAACCUGGCCAAAAAACAGCUGGCCGAGGUCCACAGGUUACAAGAGUGGUUUCUACAACUCAGGGCCGUCCACUUUCAGCCGAUGAUAUCCAGAAAGCCAAAAUGCGGGCCCAAUUCAUGCGGAGCAAGUAUGGGGAAAGUUAUGUAAACCCUCGAGUGAAAACUGAAGUCUCUCGGGCGGCCUCCACCUCUCAGGCCGCCAUGACACCCCCAUCCUCUAAAGCAGCUCCUAUUCAUCCUAAAGUCGAGGAACCUGCUACUUCCACUUCCGGCAUGACUCAGUCUGCCGCUAAAUCUGACUUUCAGCCCAAAGCCGAAGAACACAAGAAGCCAGCAAUACUUGCAUCUGCUGAUGAAGUGCGGGAAGCAACGGUUUUUGGGAAGGGAAAUAUGGAGUUGGAGGAACCUGUGUGGAAGAAGUGUAAGAGAUUCCAGAUCUCAUGGGUGAAUCCACCAGAAAUGAAGAUCGAUAAGGAAUGGAGUGUGUGUUCCGGAGAGAAUAGCAAAGAAGUUGAUGUCCAAAACAACCGAAUCAAACGUGAAAAGGAAGUUUUCUAUGAGAGGGUUCUUGAAAUCCCGUCGAAUCCCAAAGAACCAUGGGACCUAGAAAUGGAUUACGAUGAUUCGUUAACACCCGAGAUACCAACUGAGCAACUCCCUGAUGAUGACGAUGAUAAUAUGGUAUCGGAGCGGGUAGGAAUGACACCUACACAAAUGAAUAUUGAUUCUGAUGUUGCAAGUGGUUACGCAGCCGGUACAAGUACAAACGGUGGUGACAAUAACAACCGGAGCAUGCCGGAGCCAGAUCUUGAAUUGUUGGCGGUGUUGCUUAAGAACCCGGAAAUUGUUUUCGCGCUUACGGCUGGUCAAGGUGGGAAUUUGAAUGGUGAGCAAAUGGUUAAGCUUCUUGAUGCGAUCAAGGCGAAUGCGGCUCGUGGUGGCUCGAUUGGUAGUCUUGUUAAUGGGUUAGUUGAAAAGAAAGCCGAGGAGAAGGUCGAAGUUUCGUUACCAUCUCCGACUCCCUCCAGCAACCCUGUAACGAGUGGAUGGCGGCCGGAAAGUGCUAAAAAUCAAUUUUCCCGGCAAAGUAUGACGGUCAACGGUGAGGCAUAUGCCAUUCCGGCGGUCAAUUUUCAAGAAACCGGUUUGCUGACUCCGGCGACAAUAACCCAACAAGCAUUUGCUCCGAUUAACCACCAGAGAUUUCCUGAUUUACCCCUUGACCAAAGAAAUGUUUCCGAUUUUGUCCCUGACCGGAGAAGCAUUCCGACAGCCGUCAGCGGUCUGCCAUUCCGAGGGGCAGCGACGGCUAAUUUGACCCAACAAUCAAUUUCUCCGUCGAUACAUCAGAGAUUUUCUGAUAUGGUCCCUGACCACGGAAACAUUCCGGCAGCUGGCCAUGGUCCACCGUCUUCCGGUGGCUACUUUCCGUCGACACAUGGCGGGUCACAAAUAUCAUCUCAACGGCGAGUAAUAUCCGAGCCACGACAAUCGCUGGUUCAGUCGUGGUCCGGGAGGGAAAGUUUAGGUUCAAGUCCGUAUUCUCCAGCCGAGCGUAACUCAAACCUCAAUACAUACAGUACCCAAGAAUUUAUGCAUCCGCCACCGGAUUUACGAGCGGGUCCAUCAUGGGGGAGAAACGGAGGACAUCGGGACGAACCCGGUUUUGAAUCAUGGAGCCCCGACAAUAGCCCGGUUAGGUCUCAUGAAUACGUAGACAGUUGGGACUACUCGGACCCUCCUAACCGAAGCUACAACAACUACAGGUUGGAUAUGUCGGCAAUGCAGCACGACCCUUCUAGGUAUCGAGAUCGUGGUGGCCGGAAUGACGGUUCUAGGUGGCGAGAUCGGAGGAGAUGACAAGGAAAUGGUGGUUGGAUUGCCGCCGGCGAUAGGUCUCCGAUGAUCGGUUUUUAAAGACAUUAACACCUUCAAGAAUUUUUUGCUGCAAAAAAAAAAGAGAAACAAAUUUGAAAACUAUACUUUUGUAGGUAGGCAUUUGGAUUAAACCAUUAAAAAAUCUAUUCCUUUUUUCUUUUCUAUUUCAAUAUUAGUCCAAACAUAAGCCGUUUCACCUACCACU